AAUAAUAAAGGAACACUUAAGUAUAAAAGGAACGUACCACUGCAUAUGAGCAUUAUUCGUCCACAACUCUUUAUUCUUAAAUAGGAAUAUCAAUACUGACACGAUGAAGUGCAUCUACGUGUUGUCUGUUCUGCUGGUUUUUGCGGCUGUCCAGGCUGACGAGAAGUACAGCUCGGAGAAUGAUGACCUGGACAUCGACGCCGUGGUAGCUGAUGUUGAUGCCCUCAAAGGCUUUGUUGGGUGCUUCAUGGACGCUGUGACUUGCCACGCUGUUGCUGCCGAUUUCAAAAAGGAUCUUCCUGAAGCGGUAGCGACAAGCUGCUCUAAAUGUACGGAUGCCCAGAAGCAUAUCUUCCACAGGUUCCUUCUCGGACUGAAACAGAAGCUGCCUGCUGACUACGAAGCCUUCAAGAAGAAGUUUGACCCUGAAGGUCUACACUUCCAUACUCUUGAGGCCAAUGUUGCCAACUCUUAAAGACCUUUGAGAAUGCACAGGCUAAACAACUUUUAUUACAUCAUUAUUACCUCGAUUAAUUUUAAUAAACGGCUUACUGCCAAUUAUAAUAACCAAUCUCAAUCGAAAGUCUGUGAUUAAGAUCGAUUUUUAACAGAAAUCCAUACAUUUAAUGUUAAAAAUCGAUAUAGAAGAUAGGCUAUUUAAAUCGGCAGUUACUCACGUAACUAUUCGAGUAGCGUGCAAGCCCCGGUGUUACUUGAAACUUGUAGAGCGUUUCUCGAAUGUCUCACAGGAGUAACCGUAUUUUAAAAUUAAUUUAGAAGUCUCUUGGUAGUUGUUACACGUCAUUAAUGUUCUCAUUUUACUCAAUUCAUCGAAUGACUAAGAAACAUGGUUCUACAGUUAAGAAAAGUUGUCUAGUCUGUGUAGUACUUAAUAUUGACUUAAGCUUAAUUCUUUUAAACCCGACCUUGUAAUUGCAGUAAAGUAGUCUGUCUUUGUCAAAUAAGCAUUUAUUCUAAGCAAGGAUAAUGUUUUUGUCGAGUCUUCCUAGAAUAAGAAUGAAUUGUAUUUUAUUUUAGUUUAUCAUUAACAUUGAAGGAUAAUGACAAAAAGUGAAAGAUUUUAUGACAAGAUGCAGCUUGUCUUUCAAUAAAAUUCCGUAUAAUGAAA